AUGUGUCUCGGCUAUGUGCUAUCGUGGACACAUCCUGACGGCGUGCCUUUGAGCAACCUGGAGCCUGAUCGGUUCCUACCCUAUCCUCGCCUGCAAGAAGGACUCCGCGAAGUCCGCAGACGCAUCACCAAACCACUAUCACUGUCUCAGAAGAUACUUUACAGCCACCUCUGGGAACCCGAGACGCAAGAUGUCACGCCACUCAAAUCUUUCCUCAAGCUCCGUCCAGACAGGGCUGCGUGCCACGAUGCGACAGCGACAAUGGCGUUGUUGCAGUUCAUAUCAGCAGGACUAUCCAAGACGGCGAUUCCAACCAGCAUUCAUAGCGACCACUUGAUCGUUGCAGAGCACGGCGAUGAGAUUGAUUUGGAGAAUGCAAGACAGCAGCACCGUGAAGUAUACGAGUUCCUAGGCUCGGCUUCCAAGCGGUAUGGAAUCGGCUAUUGGAAGGCAGGAUCUAGAAUCAUUCAUACGAUCAUAGUUGAGAACUAUGCUUUCCCAGGUGGCCUUAUAAUCGGCACGGACUCUCACACACCCAAUGCUGGAGGCCUUGGUAUGCUGGGCGUUGGUGUUGGUGGCUCAGAUGCCGUGGACGCCAUGGCCGGCAUGCCUUGGGAACUGCAGUGUCCAAAGAUUGCAGGCGUCAGGCUCACAGGAAGACUAAGGGGCUGGGCUAGUUCCAAAGACAUAAUUCUGAAACUCGCCGGCAUCCUCACCGUAUCAGGUGGCAAAAGCAAAGUCAUCGAGAUCUUUGGCCCAGGCGUGGAAACACUAAAGGCAACAGCCAUGGCUACUGUGUGCAACAUGUCUGCCGAAGUUGGCUCGACGUCUUGCAUAUUCCCAUUCACAGAUGCUAUGACGAGUUAUCUAGCAGCCACAGAUCGAACAUACAUUGCUGAUGCGGCUCGCCAAAACAUGAACCUGGUUGUGCCAGACGAAGGCAGUGAUCACCACUACGACGAAGUCUAUGAGAUCGACCUCGACAAACUCGAGCCUCACAUCAACGGUCCCUUCACGCCUGAUCUUUCGCAUCCUCUCUCUCAAUUUGCUGGUAACGUCAACGCAAGCUCAUGGCCGCUGCAGCUUUCUCAAGCAAUGGUAGGAAGCUGUACGAACUCCUCGUAUGAGGAUUUGAAGAAGGUUGCCAAUAUGGUCAAGAAGGCAUCUUCGGCAGGGUUGCAGCCCAAGGUUCCAAUGCUGGUCACGGCUGGUAGCGAGAAGAUUCAAGCCACCGUGAGGAAGGAAGGUAUACUAAACGAAAUAGAGAACGCCGGUGCGACUGUCUUGAGUACCUCAUGUGGGCCUUGUGUUGGACAGUGGAACAGAGAAGGAGCUGAACUUCGGGAACCGAAUUCUGUUAUCAGCUCUUACAAUCGUAACUUUGUAGGUCGGCACGACGGGAACCCAGCCACACACUCGUUCGUCUCCUCACCAGAGAUCGUUACUGCAUUUGCAUACGCUGGAACUUUGGACUUUAACCCUGUUCGUGACUCCAUCAUUACACCUUCAGGUGCGCCCUUCAAGUUCUCGUCGCCUACAGCCGACGAGCUGCCCGUCUCUUUCUCAGGGGGCGAGACGUUCUAUCAAGCGCCAGGGGCCGAUGGCUCAUCUGUUGACAUGGCAAUUUCGCCCGAAAGCGACAGGCUUCAACUUCUGACUCCAUUUGAACCUUGGAAAGUUGGAUACUCGGAAGACAUGGCGAUCCUAAUCAAGGUGAAAGGCAAAUGCACGACAGAUCACAUCUCACCAGCUGGCCCUUGGUACAACUAUCGCGGCCACCUGGAGAACAUCUCGAAUAACUUGCUUAACGCUGCUGACAACGGCUUCAUCAAAGCCGCAGCACAAACUCGAGGACAUGCCAUAAAUCAAAUUACCGGAGCGACCGAAACAGUGCCGGAGGUUGCAAAGUCGUAUAAGGAAGCCGGCGUGAAGUGGUGCAUUAUCGGAGACACCAACUACGGCGAAGGCUCCAGCCGUGAGCACGCAGCUCUGGAGCCUCGCUUUCUCGGGGGCGUGGCGGUGAUUGCAAGGAGCUUCGCCCGAAUCCAUGAAUCGAAUCUGAAAAAGCAGGGAAUACUCGCACUGACUUUUGCGCAUCCUCUCGAUUAUGACAGGCUCCAGCCUGACGAUAAAGUCAGCGUGCUAGGGGUGGAAAGCAUAGAGCCAGGGAAGCAGCUGUCGAUGCUGGUGCGAAGCCGCGAUGGGACAACGUGGCACGCAAUGUUGGAUCACUCGUAUCAGGCUGGGCAAAUACCAUGGAUCAUGCAUGGCUCGGCGUUGAAUUACAUGAGAAGCAUAGGAUCUCAGUCAUAA